GCUAACGGCAACUUUAAUCCCGACUAGCUCAAACCACUCUAUUUCACUCCUGGAUCACGCUACUUGCUCGACUCGACCGAUUUGCUUUGAACGGGCCAAGAACUCAACGGUCGCCACCCCAGUCCGGCCUUCAGCAGCAAUGCGAACCUCGACCCUUCUACCUACAAAUGAUAUCCUCUGAUCCCUACAUCCGUUAAUGUCGCUUACACUUACACAUAAGAGUGAUGAUUACGAUAAAGGGCACUGAAACAGGCGAAAGCCUUCUCGCAUACGCGCGAGGAUACUCCGAGGACGUGGACGUUAUACGGGAGCGCGAGUAUCCCUUGCUCAAGGAUACCACGUAUCUCGAUCAUGCAGGUACUACGCUCUAUGCGAAGUCCCUGAUUGAAUCGUUCUCCCGAGACCUGACCUCCAACCUCUAUGGGAACCCCCAUUCUAUGUCCGCGCCCUCACAGCUCUCAACGCAACGUGUGGAUGAUAUCCGGCUGCGAGCCCUUCGGUUUUUCAACGCCGAUCCGGAUGAAUUCGAUCUCGUCUUCGUGGCCAAUGCAACCGCCGGGAUAAAGUUGGUUGCGGAGUCUCUUCGAGAGGCAUCUCCGCGAGGUUUCUGGUACGGGUACCAUGUCGAUGCGCACACUAGUCUGGUUGGGGCGCGUGAGCUGGCAGGGCUUGGAAAUAGGUGUUUUGCGACGGAUGAGGAGGUCGAGCGAUGGAUCUCCGACUUGCAUAAUGAACCUCAAGGCCAAGGACCUCGGUUGUUUGCGUGCCCGGCGCAGUCGAAUAUGAAUGGUCGGCGCUUUCCUCUUGAAUGGUGUCGGAAGAUACGAGGCGCGGCUGAGAAUACCUACUCGCUUCUUGAUGUUGCGUCGCUUGUUUCCACAUCGCCUCUCGAUUUAAGCGAUGCCUCCGCGGCACCCGAUUUCGCCGUUCUCAGCUUCUACAAGAUUUUCGGGUUCCCGGAUCUUGGCGCGCUGAUUGUUCGCAAGAGUGCUGGUCAUGUCUUCGACAAGCGGCGGUUCUUCGGCGGGGGCACGGUGGAUAUGGUCUUGACGCAGGGGACGCAGUGGCAUGCCAAAAAGCAGUCUACCAUCCAUGACCGGUUGGAGGACGGGACGCUUCCGUUUCAUAGUAUCAUCGCGUUGGAGUCUGCGUUCGACACGCAUGAGCGUCUCUUCGGCUCUAUGGAUAAUGUGUCGUCGCACACGCGUUUCUUAGCGAAGCAGCUAUAUGACCGCAUGACCGCGUUGAGGCAUCAUAACGGAGAGAAAGUCUGCCAUGUUUACAUGGGGUCGCGGUCAGACUAUAACGAUCCGGCUACACAGGGUCCGAUCUUUGCGUUUAAUCUGCGCAGCAGCCAGGGCGCGUGGAUUGGCAAGUCUGAGGUGGAGAAGCUGGCCAGCGUCAAGAAUAUUCAGAUCAGAUCGGGGACGCUCUGCAAUCCGGGAGGCACGGCGGCGAGCCUUGGAAGGACCGCGGAGGACAUGCUGCGGAAUUUCGAGCAAGGAAUGCGUUGUGGGGAUGACCACGAUAUCAUGGAUGGGCUGCCGACGGGCAUCUUGAGAGCCAGUCUCGGUGCCAUGAGCAAUAUGGAUGAUAUACACGCUUUCAUGGCUUUUAUCGAAGAGUUCUACGUCGAAAAAAGCCCGAAUAUGUGUGCCUUGGUGCCGCCGAUGGAAACCAAUCUUCAGCAGCCAGGGUUCUACGUCGAGAGUCUCUCGGUAUACCCGAUAAAAAGUUGCGGUGCGUUCAAGGUGCCUGACGGCAAACGGUGGGAGAUCAAACCAGAGGGGUUGGCAUGGGAUCGGGAGUGGUGCUUGGUCCAUCAAGGCACAGGAGCAGCUCUGAACCAAAAACGAUACCCUCGCAUGGCUUUAAUAAUGCCGUUUAUCGAUCUCAGCCGUGGUGUGUUACAUAUAACCUGUGGAGGCAUCUCUUCACCAGCUCAGAAGUCCUUGGAAAUACCCCUAGGCCGUGAGAAUCUGCGUGCCAUCACCUCUUCAUUCUGCCAGACCAGCUCGAAAUCCUCCACCGUUUGCGGGGAUCAGGUAUCCCUGCAAGCCUAUACAUCUCCCGCCGUGUCUGCCUUCUUCUCCGACUUCCUCGGUGUGCCAUGCACACUUGCAAGAUUCCCACCGCAAUCCUCGACCAGACUAGCCGAGCCUAAGCGCACUUUCGCUGGUAGAAGGUCGCCUCUCAAAUCAACCAUGCCCGGCUCCUUUCCCCAAGACCAAGACACAUCGCCACCAGAGGCCAUGAUAGAAUCCCAACGAAGCCCACUCCUCCUCUCCAACGAGAGCCCCAUCCUGCUCAUCUCGCGCUCCUCUGUCAACCGCCUCAACGAAACCAUCAAAGCCAGCUCCCCCAACAGCAACGGCAACGGCAACUGUCGAAACAAGGCCGUCGCCGCCGACGUUUUCCGUGCCAAUAUCGUAGUCGCCGAGAACCUCUCCCAGCUGGCGCGCGCUGAGCGACCAUACAUCGAAGACCGGUGGGAAUCUCUACGCAUUGGAUCCCGGAACCUCCGCUUCGAUGUCCUCGGCUCCUGUCAAAGGUGCCAGAUGGUCUGCGUUAAUCAGCUUACUGGCGUGAGGGGGGAAGAGCCGUAUUCGACCCUGGCGAAGACGAGGAAGUCCGGGAAUAAGAUUUUCUUUGGGAGAUAUCUGUCAGUUUUUGAGGACGUGGAAUCUUGGGAUCGUGGUUGUGAUGAGACUGAUACACCCACCCCCCCGGUGUUGAAGACAGUGAUGGUUGGGGAUGUUGUCACUCCGUCCUAUGGUCUCGGUCUUGGUCUUGGUCAUGGUCAUGGUCAUGAUUGAUGGGAUAUGAUUGAGCUAGUUUUGGUUUGGUGUUUGUUGGUGUUAGUGCAUUGGGACAGGCACAGGUACAGGCACAGGCUCCGUCCUGGAGAUUGGAGUUGCAGUGAUGGAAUUCAUCCAUGUACCAUACCAUAUCAUCAUAAGAAUCCGGUUAAUUUGAACCCACAACCACCAAUUUACAUUCCUUCCCCAACUACUUACUGGCUAGGUAGACAACCC